AUGUCGACCAACUUGUCGCCCACCGACAACGGAUACGUCGUACGCCACACUAAUGUCUCCAACCCCAGCGUAAUACAUAGUCGACCUUCCCAACAGUCCAUUACCGCCUCCGAGGACUACUACUCGCUAUCUGGCUCCAACUCAUCAACGCAUAGCAACGAUCUGAUCAAUGCUCGGGCAGCUGGAGCUUCCUCCCACACAAUCACUCGCUUCCAGACUCCACCCUCUCGAUACAGGACGCCUCAACAAUCUCGCGAUCUCCUCCCACUUCAGCAGCAUGUGGAAGUACCAGUCCAGGAACAGUUCAGGAAGACGCCCAUGAGAGGCCACGGCGAGCGAAGGCUGAGCCAAGAACAAGCUGCAGCAUCUGUCGAGCAACCAUUGCUGCCUGCACAGGCUCAGCUCAAGGCAGGAGGCAUACGAAGGAAGCCAGUAGCCAGCAUGGUCACCGAGGACAAUGGCGCAAAAAGGGAGAGCCACAUCUCGCCCACUGAUGCUCGCAGCUCCGUCGCCCAGGAUAUGGAUCGCGAGCAGAAUGCCCCGACUCCAGGCGUUGACGAUACACCCUACAUCCACUUCGCCCUCGAUCAACUUACACGAGACGAAGAAGUGAGAGGAAGUAGGCGAUAUGUUGGAGGACCUGGCAUUGAGGGUGACUACCCAUAUCAGAUUCCAGCCGGCACGCAAAUGCCCUUUCAAGCUCCAAGCGGUCGAUAUGAGCCAGUAGCACAAGAGGAGAGGGACAUUGUUGAACAGUCACCAUUUUCCGACCCUCCAGCACGAAACUCGGAUCACAUCAGCAUCGAAUCCCCGCAGCUGUACCCUCCAGGCCUCCGCCACGAACAAGGGCCAAACGUCUUCGUACCAGUGCCGGAAGAUGAAUCGCGACAGCCACCUCUCAACUUCGUGCCCGGCAUACUACGACCACUACAGCUUGGCACCUACAUCCUGCUGCUUGUGGUUUAUGUCAUCUUGCUGAUCUUCGCAGCGGCAUGGAGCCGAGGCAACACGGGACUCUGGAGAUAUGCAUCGCUUGGAGACGGGCGAUACUUCGUCUUCCAAUAUCUGCCAACGAUUCUUGGCAUGAUCCUGCUGAUGUGGCUCUUUGAGAUCCAGAAAGCUGUCUACCGCGUAACGCCGUUCAUCGCGAUGGGAUCUUCACGACGAGUCAUCAGCCGCAUGGCGGGAGCAAAGUUGCCAUUGCAACCAAAAGGUUUCGUUCUGCCAUACUUUGGUCACUUCGGUGCAAGACAGCCAGUGGUUGGCAUUUUCCUACUGGUGGCAUGGCUCCAGCUUUUCACCAUUCCGCUGCUUGGUAGUGCCUUCAACGUCUACCAAGACAACCAAGCUCGUUGGAGCUGGCUCGCUACUCAGGGCGUCAUCUGGGUGGUCAUUGCGCUAUACAUACUACUACUGGUAGCUUUGAUCACUCUCUUCAUCUGGCUCAGGCGAAGCUCGACUGGACUGAAGUGGGAUUCUCGAAGCCUGGCGGACAUGGCAGUUCUACUCGAGCGCAGCAAUGCUCUCGAUGGUCUUGGUGAAGGUGUCCCUCAACUGGGCUACUUCCACGCAGCACAUCGCCCGGAUGAAGUCUUCCACACUUAUGGCGUGCCAGACAAACAAGCCCGCAGCCACCACGUGGUAGACGGACAAAUCCGUGAGAAGCGCUACUCUGAUCUGAGCUCAUACCACGAAGGUGGCCAACCUCGACUGUCGAAGGAAGCAAUGCUACCACGCGACGAAGCAGAAGAUGAAGUGUCCAGCGACGCACACCACGGCUCCGCCCUGCCCUGGUAUCUCCGACCUUUCCUGGCCAUCCUCUGGCCAAUCAUCGCAAUCGUCCUCCUCAUCGCCUUCCUGAUCGUGUCAUACCUCCCGUCCACCGCCGUCUCCAACGGCUUCGACCCAAUGGUCCCCGCAGCAGUCAGCGGCAUGGGUUACUCUGGCACAAACUUCCUCUACAGCUUCGUUCCGACCCUCCUCGCGAUGCUGUGUCUCCUCUUCUGGAUGGACAUCGACCUCGCAUACCGUCACCUCGCCCCCUUCGCCUCUCUGACCUCGCACCAAACGCGUCACGGUGAUCCGGAGAAAGCCGCGAACGCAUGGGGCGACGUCGCUGAACGCACGAUCUUGGUCAGCUACGCUGCAGACCUCCCAUUCUUCGUCACUCUGAGCGCGAUCUUCAACAGACACUGGCGCGUUGCUCUCACCUCCUUCAUCACAAUCCUGGCAACAGCCCUCCCGAUCCUCGCUGGCGGCGUGUUCUGGGCGCAAUUCUACAUCUCCCUACAGACGGUCCGGAUCUCAGCACAUAUGCCAGCAUACUACGCCCUGACCGUCUUCGUCACGAUCUACGCUUUGGCAUACCUGGCGAUCUUCCCACCAAGCUCACUCCGCCACGCAACCUUCCCAGCAGACCUCAAUACUUUUGCCGGCAUCAAGGAGCUCUUCCACCAGAGUCGUUUGCUCGACGAUGUCGCCUUCCGCAACCCCGUGAGCAAGACGGAUCUGGUGACGAGGUUGCUGAGCAGUACGCCGGGGAUGCAGGUGAUGUCUGUGCCAGCUGCGGCGGCGUCGAAGGUCAGUGUCGCGGAUAGUGUGAGAGGCUUUGGGAGGGCGAGGGUUAAUGCUGCUCCUGCUUCUGUGCCUGGGCAGUAUGAGACGCCGAGGUAUGCUUUUGGACGGUUUAUGGGAAGAGAUGGAAGGGAUUAUGAUUUGUUUGAUCGGGUAAGGGCUUGA